GACGGCCACAAAAGCCAUGUUUCAGAGGACUUUGAGCUCAAAUGCCGAGAGGCAAAGAUCAUCUGUCUAUGCCUACCGCCUCAUACAAGCGACGUACUACAACCACUGGAUUUACGCAUGUUUUCGCCCUUGAAAACCCUUCACGCGUUACAACACCAGAUGGAUGGCGCACCAACCAAAAAGAAAGACUUCCUCAGAUUAUACCGCAAGGCUCGCCAAUUGACCAUGACCACUAGAGCUAUGCAUAAAUGCUUUGAAACAGCAGGUCUUGUGCCAUUCAACCCACAACUGGUCAUCUCACGCGAUGAGGUCAAAAAACGACCACGUACACCAACACCA